AGUUUACAAAUUUUUUUUUUUUAAAUAAGUUAUCAAAACUCUAAUCAUAAUUUCUGAACGAAUUUUGAGAUCUAUUAAUAUUACCUCAUACAAUGACCUUAAUUUGUAUUAUUUAAAUCUACGUCCAUAGUAAAAUUAAAAUACGUUCAAAGUUUAGUCUCGCAUUUAACACAUGAUAUAUUAAUGAACUUUUCAUCAAAUGACAUUCUACGUUUCCGGCCAUAAACCUUCACUUAAAAUUAUAUUAUAUAUUAAAUAUACCAUUUCUAUUCUAAAAGCUAAAUAAAAUUGACUAGUGUCUUGUCCAUGGCGAUUUUUAAGGUCGAGGGUCAUAGUAGCGAUGUGUACUUGCUUCCUACAUUACAGUUGACAUGGACCCUACUUAUAACCAAUAGGCAAUAGUUAUUUGACCUGGCACAACCUCUCUAUCUCAAUUCUCAACCUUUUAAAGUUUUACUAUUUAUUUCCCCCGCUGUUAUUAAAAGUUGCGAUAUACUACCAAAAAUGAUCAAAUAAAGGACCAUUUAAAAUAAAUAUUGAUCAUGACCUUAUCGUUGUGAAUAUUUUGAUAUUCUUAGACCACUAUGUUUUUAGUGAUUUCUUUUUGGGGCUUUAUUAUGUUAUUUAUAUAAUUGGGUUAUUUAAUUAAGUCGGGCAAAUGAAUAGAAAACUGUCGUGAUAAAAUGUAAACUCAGAUUCAGGUAGAGUAUCGAAGUGGCAAAAACAGGUUUAUACUAACAUAAUUGAUUUUUGAUUAUGCGAUUGGAAGCAUACGGGUCGUCGGUGAAACCUAAUCUAGAAAAGCUAAUAUAUACUCGAGAGAGUGAAUUCUUUUGUCAAAAAAUAUUUUCGAGAGAUCAGAGUUUGUGUUGUCUUGAAAUCAAUACAUUUUUUCACAAUGCGCUAGAAAAGUUACAACUAAAAGAUUUUUUUUGUGUCGUCUUGGCUGAACGAAUUCGCUAUGUCACGUCAAAUGCCGAUUCUAGUUAGCUCAUAGGUGGUAAUUUUCCUAGCAAAAAGAUUUACCGUGACUCCAUGAGUUCCAUUUGGAAUUUAAUAACAGACAUUUCACAAUUAUUAAACUAAGUUCAUAACUUCAUAUAGUCUCGUAUGCUUAUUUGUAAUUAGUGACGGCACAUGCGAACGUAUUAUGACAUCAUGAAAACACCAAAUAUUCAGGAAACACAACUAACACUCCAAUUUUAAUAAGGAAACUUAUUAGAAAGAUAAUAUAAAGUGAGUACAGGGACACAUGCAUUUUCCUCAUGCAUGAUUUUUUUGCUUGUUUAUGUAAAAAGUACACACACACAUAUAUAUAUAUAUACUCCGUUUAGUUAUACACUUGUUCUAUCUUCUUCUUCUUCCUCCUCUUUUCUAUCUCUAACAAUGAACAUAUCAGUAAACGGACAGUCACAAGUGCCUCCUGGCUUUAGGUUUCACCCGACUGAGGAGGAGCUCUUGGAGUAUUACCUCCGCAAGAAAAUCUCUAACAUCAAGAUUGAUCUCGAUGUUAUUCGUGAUGUUGAUCUCAACAAGCUCGAGCCUUGGGAUAUUCAAGAGAUGUGUAAGAUAGGAACAACCCCGCAAAAUGAUUGGUACUUCUUUAGCCACAAGGACAAGAAGUAUCCCACGGGAACAAGAACCAACCGAGCCACCACGGUGGGGUUUUGGAAAGCAACCGGACGUGACAAGAUCAUAUAUAGCAAUGGGGAUAGGAUCGGUAUGCGGAAAACGCUUGUCUUCUACAAAGGUCGAGCCCCUCAUGGUCAAAAAUCGGAUUGGAUCAUGCAUGAGUAUAGACUCGACGAGAAUGUAUUAGCCUCCUCCUCGAAUCAUGACGAUGAGGUCAGUGUAGAAACGUGUGAGGUCAUAGGAGGAGAUGAAGGAUGGGUGGUGUGUCGUGUUUUCAUGAAGAAGAGUCUUUGCAAAACUGUAAUUAGCAGCCCGCCGAGGUCAGUGAAAACAUCUUCGUUCAACGAGGAGACUAUUGAAGAGAUUUUUAAAGUUAUGGGACAGUCUUGUAAAGAGGAGAUCAUUGUAGAUCCUUUCUUGAAACUCCCUAACCUCGAGUGCCUUAACAACACCGUCGCGAGUUACCAGCGGUUGAUGGACGACCAAGUCCACAACUAUCACGUCCCCAGCUUUGGCACUAGCUGGGUUACUUUGGAUCGUCUCGUGGCCUCGCAGCCAAAUGGGCCCAACUCAUAUUCAAUCCCAGCCGUCGAUGAGAUCCCACAAUCACCGCUCCAUGGACUAAACCGUCCCGGUUUGUAUAACACCGGUUUAACACAGGAUUAUUAUACAACGGAGAUGGAUAUAUGGAACAAUACAGACUUCGGGAGAACCACGACGUCAUCGUCCAACCCAUGGUUCCAUAUAUCAAACAGUAGUGAAUAAAAGAAAAUGCAAGAGAGGAAGUGAUUAAUUACUGAUUACAAAAAAAAAGAACAUUUUGUAGAAAGAUAUAAUAAUCGUAUUGUUGAAACAUUGGAGAAAGGGUCAGAUUUGUAAUAAUUACAGUGGUUAUGUGAAAUCAUUACAGAAAACAAAAAAUUCUCUAUGCAUUUUGUUUCGUGAUUUUACUUUAUAUACAGUUGGGUUUGCUAAUUUUAUUUGUUUGGCUCAAUAAAUUUAAUUUUGGAAACUAAAUUAUCAUUCGUUGACCAAAAGCAAUUACACUUUCGACCAUAGAUUAUCAUAAUCUGUCACAUGGUUUUGCCGGGUACUUUCUAGUUACAUACUUACAUUCGUUAAAAAGGUUUUUGAACAGAAGUAAAUAAUCAUUGCAAGGGAGACAGAAAGUCUAAAAUGAGAAUUCUUUCGUCCAUUGAAUCUGAUUACACUUAAUUUUGUUCUUUUUUUAUAGGGAAUAUAUAUUGUAGGCGAAUUAAGAUAGAGGGGGGUUGGAAAUGCUCUUAGUUUUAGUUUGAUGAUGAGUUAAUUGCAUCUUUCAUCAUUACAAGUAGACUAAUUACACAGUUUAUCACCUCAACAAACUUGGAUAAAGAUGCGCUAAAGUUCCUAACCAGAGCUAGUUAACCUACCAUAAAACUGAACUGUUAACAUCGAGAACUCCCACAAGGCAUCUUUCCAAGUAAUUUGAUUUAUACCGGUUGUGUUUUCCACCCUUCCAUCUGUUUCCAAAAAGCAAUGUGGACUUCUGUUUUAGAGAUCCACUAUUAUAGAAAAACCUUUAAUAAAUAAAAGCAUUUAGACCAUGAUUAACUCGAGUCUCUUAACUGGAAUUCUUAGCUUCGGCUAAGAAACGGUUCUUACAUUUUCUUAGAUUUUAACUAAGAAAAACUAAGAACAGUCUCUUAAAUAAGAGAUAUAAGAGCCGUCUCUUAGCGAAAAUUGUAAAAAAAAAAGUGUCAAAUCAUGAGUUAAGAACCCAGGUUAAGAGAACGGAAUUAAUCAUGCCCUUAAAGCCCAUGUAUAAACCGUCGAUUAAACGACAAAACAUCCUCAUUUCCCCUCGCCAUUAAAGAGCAAUCUCCCAAGAACCCAGCCUAUUUUUAAUAUUGUUUUGAUUUAUUUUUAACUCAAAAAUUAAACUAUUUAAGGAUUUAAAUAUGAUGCCAACAGUUUUCUUUCAUUUUAUUUUUUCUCUUCUUCUCUUUCUCUCUUUUUCUCGGCAAUAUCUCUUUUCCUCUGUGAACUUCGACCACCAAAACUUAAACAGAUUCUACGAUUCUUCUCUUUUCUCUAGAAAAUGCGGCGGUUAACCCUGAUAUAAUGUCGUAAGGUCACCAACUACCAAAACCGAAGAAGAAAUCACAUUGGUUGGACCUUCGAUAAUGGCAGAAAAGGUGACAAAUACGACAUCGAUAGAUCUAUGAUUUUGAUCUACAAUGAUUGGAUCUAUAGUGAUUGGAUUAUAUUUCUUGUUGUUAUGUAUAUUUCAGAUUUAGGGUUGUUAAAGAAGAUUAUGGGAUUUUUAUGAUUUAGGUUUCUUCUUGUUUGUU